AAUAUGUUAUAUUUAGAGGAUUAUCUUGAAAUGAUUGAGCAUUUGCCUCAAGAGUUAAGAGAUCGUUUCACGGAAAUACGUGAAUUAGACUUAAACGUACAAAAUAACAUAGAUACAAUAGAAAAAAAGACUAGUUCAUUCUUGCAGCAAUGCAAAAGAUCUGAAAUUAAUGAAGAAGAAAUUGAAAAUGGUACACAAAAGAUACAUGAUGAUUAUAUCAAAGUAAUGGAGGACGCCGACGAAAAGGUAUCAAUAGCCACGCAAGCACAUGAGUUAGUUUUGCGUUACUUACGGCGUUUGGAUACUGAAUUAUUUAAAUUUAAAUGUGAAUUAGAAGCUGAUCACAAUGGUAUCACAGAAGUGUUGGAAAGACGUUCUUUAGAAAUGGACAGUUUCUCAAAUACAUCAGCUGCAAUGUUUAAUGCACUACAAAAAGAAAAUCUUUACUACAAUUCGCCUAGUCUGUCUGCACACAAUAAUCAUAGUGUGAUGGGCCAUUCAGGUGGUAUAACAUUGCCAGCUACACCUAAUACCACCACAAAAGAUAAUCGUUAUCGUACAACGAAAGCUGAGAAACGACGUGAUAGCAACACAUUACCUACAAUACCAGAAAAACGUACAAAUCUAAAUACUAAUAUAAUACCGACAGCAGCACCAAUUACUGUAGUACGUCCCGUAACUCCUGCAGCUCAUACUCAUAAUGUUAUAAAUGCAGGAGGUGUAGCAUCACCUAGUCCAGGUCCCGCAAAUGUUAGUUACAAUUUACAACAAAUAAGUAAUUCUGGUUCCAAUGCUAUCGCUGUAGCUGCAAGUCAAGCUAUUGUAGCUACACAACAAAUGCAACAAGGUAGACGUACGGCUAGUUUGAAAGCAAGCUAUGAAGCGAUAAAUGGUGCCACUGGGCCUACAGAAUUUUGGAUUAGCCGUGAUAUGGCAAGUGCUGCCCCAACGGCCACACAAAAUUCACCCACACCCACCACUACUGAAAAGAAACAAAAGAAAAAAAUAAACACAAACCAAGCAUUUGCCAACGCUGCAGGUGUCAAUACUGCACCUCCGUCAACAAUUUCUUUGGCUUCUUCGUCCUCGUCAUCAUCAUCAUCCGUUGAUUUAUUACCAUCAGUAGCUGUUGUUGCUGCUACUGCUACAGCGAAUUCAACCAACAUUCCAAGUUUAAGUUUAACAAGUACAACACCAAGUUUAGCGAAUGCAGCAAUUAAUAAUACUAAUCGUGCCAGUUCUGUUGCUUCAUCAGCAACAGCUACAACUCCCAUUGUUACGGAUACAAAUCCUGUAACCGAUAAUGGUUUAAGUGUCGAUCAGAUACAAGAUGGUGAUUGGACUUAUGAUCCAAAUGAACCACGUUAUUGUACUUGUAAUCAAGUAUCAUACGGUGAUAUGGUAGCUUGUGAUAAUGAAGCUUGUCCAUAUGAAUGGUUUCAUUAUCCAUGCGUUGGCAUUACUCAACCACCUAAAGGCAAAUGGUACUGUCCAAAAUGCACUACUUCAAUGCGUAGACGAGGAGGACGAAAAAAUUAAACUAAUAUGUAUGAUGUUUUCAAUUAAAAGCAAUAAUUACAUUCAUAACCGUAAAAUAUGAACUUCAUUAUUAUAAAAUAAAGGAAAAUUAUGCUUUGCUUACAAUGAAACCAUUUUUUUUU